GUCUCAACGUCAUAGUAAAUAGUCGAUAAUUAAAUGCAAAUUAUCUAUAUUUAAACAAUAGAGCGAGAUAGACAUACAAAGUGUAAUAAGCCAAUACGUAUACGUACCAGUUAUCAUUAUCUUAUCAUAGUUUCAGUAAUCUCUAGCCAGUGUUGGUUCAGAAACAAUUUUAUCGAAUGACAAGAGUUUGUUUGUGAGUGCGUUAAUUAAACAGUGUAUCAAGAUUUUAUUAUAAAUCAGUAAUUGUUUUUUGUAAAUGUUAUAAUGCAAUCAAAUAGUGGAUCUAAGGACGAGACUAGCGUGUACAAUGGUACGGACACCUUCCAACAUCCACCGACCGCUCCUCCACCAUAUCCUGGGCUUCCGAACCCCGAGCCUACGAAUCCGGGGCCAUCGUACCCUGGGUCACAAUACUCUGGAUCACAGAACUAUAGGCAACCGCAGUCAGAACCAGCGUCGCACCCUCGUGUUGUACAAGGGCCAAAUGUAGUACAUGUGCAGCAUGUAAUACCGACUGUAAUACCAACUGUGGUGGUUGGACAUCGGAUGGGUCCCAACUCGACGGCCUUUGUAUGUAAAUCUUGCAACCAUCAGAUCGUCACUCGUGUGGAACGUAACGCUUCGUUAAGAACUCACUUGGUGGCGCUAUUUUUGUGUUUUGUCGGAUGUUGGCCGUUUGCUUGUUUGCCGUAUUGCAUGGAUUCCUGUAACAAUGCCGAUCACUAUUGUACGAACUGUGGCGCAUAUAUCGGAUCAUACACUGGCUAAAAGAAGAUCGGUUCAAAAACCAUAUUAUGUGACUUACAAUACUUUUGAAUAACAAAUAUGUGUUUGAUGUAUUUUAAGGUAAAAUUUUUAAACUUU